UCUCAAUGAUAAUCUCUAACUAAUUGGGUUUUAUAGCUUCAAUCUAGACUCGUGUCAGGCCAGACUCGGUCUGGGUCGAAGCACCGUGACUUCUUUUUGACACCCACUCCGCAACCCCUUCACAAAUUCUGACCCAUUUCCUAAGUCACGGCCCGCAAAAGAACUUGACGAAACCUGCAGAGCUAAAGUACUAGGAGCUAUAAAUUAAACCUGCAGAACACGUGUCAAGUAGAUGCUUCAAAACUAGUUAAGUGCAGAUUAUUCGAUGGCAAACCAAUCUGUGAAGAACCCAGAAUCUAUUUAUGACUUCACUGUCAAGGAUGCCAGUGGCCAUGAUGUAGAUCUUAGCACAUACAAAGGAAAAGUCCUACUCAUACUCAAUGUUGCUUCAAAAUGUGGAAUGACCAACUCCAAUUACACAGAACUGAAUCAAUUAUAUGAGAAGUACCAAGAUCAAGGCCUUGAGAUUCUGGCAUUUCCAUGCAAUCAAUUUGGUGAGGAGGAACCAGGCAGUAAUGAUCAGAUAAUGGAGUUUGUCUGCACUCGCUUUAAAUCAGAAUUUACUAUCUUUGAUAAGAUAGAUGUAAAUGGUGAGUAUGCUUCUCCACUGUACACAUUCUUAAAGAAAGGUAAAUGGGGCAUUUUUGGGGAUGAUAUUCAGUGGAACUUUGCCAAGUUCCUGGUGGAUAAAAAUGGGCAAGUUGUUGAUCGUUACUACCCCACAACUUCUCCCCUAAGUCUUGAGCAUGACAUUAAGAAGCUGUUGGGCAUUCCAUGAGUACUGAGAUGAAGACCAUCAGCAUUGCAGCAAAAUUUGAUAACCUGAUGGUUUCUUGCCUUUUGUACAUGUUUGUGUGUUCAAGUUUGGUGAGAAGUCAUGUCAUAUGAUUCAAAUCGUAUUUGUAUUUAUCCUAAAAUCAAAGAUCAUACCGACUAAUACUUUUCUUUGGCUUUGGGUUGUGAACUGUUACCAAUGUUUUCUUAGUUGAUGCCAGUUUGGUAACUGAAAACAUGAUAUUGCCGCUUAACGUUCUUCAUUGACAGGCAUCCGAGUUUCCAGUUUACGGAACCUUUAUUGUCUAAAA